AUGCUGAAGGUGACACUGAUGAUGAUCAUGAGUCAAACACCUGUUGGCAGCAGGCUUCACGACAGUGUCGCAAAUUAUGAUGCAACGUUACUCAUGGAAACCAGAGAAACGAGCUCGCGGGAGGAGUUUUGUUUACACUCUUGGGGAGCCAACAGCUACGGCCAGCUGGGACAGGGACAUGUGGAGGACCUGUCGGAGCACCGGCUCACUGACAACACCGCCCUGCAAGACAAGACUGCCCGGGCUGUGUGCGGCGGCGGGGGUCACUCUGUGGUUAUCACCGGGCAUGGAGAUGUGUUUGUGUGCGGACAGAAUCACAGAGGCCAGCUGGGACUUGGUCACAAUGCAGACAUCUCAACUUUUCAACUCUGCCCCAUCCUGAGUCAGAGAGUCACUAAAGUCGCCUGUGGUUGGGACUUUACUCUUCUUCUCACUGACUGUGGUCGAGUACUGGCAUGUGGCUCCAAUUCAUUUGGACAACUAGGUGUUGGACAAACAAUCAAACACUCUGCAGAUCUGCUGGUUGUUGAGAGUCUGAAGGAGUCAGUGGUGAAUGUAGCAGCAGGACUCAGACAUUCACUGGCUGUGACUGACUCAGGCUGUGUAUAUCAGUGGGGAAGUGGUCUUUCCAGUCAUGCUAAGAGAGCACUCAGUCCACACCCUGUUCCUGCACACCUCAACUCUACAGUGCCCUCUUUGGUACCAGGUCUGGAUCAGAAGACAGCACUAAUGGUGACUGCAGGCUCAGCACACUGUGGGUGCCUCACAGGAGACGGCGAUUUGUUUCUGUGGGGAAGCAACAAGCAUGGCCAGCUGACCGCCACAGAGCCCUUCCUGUCCUCUCCCACUCUUGUAAAGCGCUCACUGCUGGGUGGAGAGAAAGUUGUCCACGUGUGGAGCGGCUGGACACACACUGUUGCUCAAACAGAGAGUGGGAGAGUGUUGACAUGGGGCAGAGAAGAUUAUGGACAGCUGGGCCGACAAACAUCAACCAGUCAGAACUCAGAGGGGCAGUCAACAGGUCCUUCAGCAGAAGGUGGAAACCAGCCAGCUUGUUGCCCUGCAGAAGUUAAAGUCCUCCGUGGCGCGACACAGAUUGCAUGCGGAUCUGAGCAUAACCUUGCCAUCGUAGGGGGUUGUCUCCUCUCCUGGGGCUGGAACGAACAUGGGAUGUGUGGAGACGGUUCACAGAGCGACGUUUUUCAGCCGCAGCUCGUUUCGGGUCUCAGACCUCUUCUCAUUGGCUGCGGAGCCGGACACUCUAUGGCAGUGUGCGCUGCGACCGCUGACUCAAGACUCAAACUCUGCAACGACUCAGUAUCAUCGGAGCAGGAGCAUUUAUUCAGCACGAAGGGGUCGGAGACAAGACACACAGAAUGAUUUUGUGAAUUAACAUAUCUCUGACUGACUAAGUGGUGUUUAUGAUUAUUCUAAGUGCCUCUGAAUAUAAAGUAACUUUCACCUUGUAAUAGGCCACUUUAAAAAGAUCAGGCUUUAAACUGCACUCGUCAUAAAUACUGUUAUGUGUUUGGACACAGGCUGAGUUACGUUACAUGUGGACAGAGGCCAUCAUUUCUCUUACCAGCCCAUCACUUUCAUGGACGUGACUGGGAGCCGAUGGCUUUGCAGGACAUGGCCAUGCCUAUGGCUCCUGGUCUACCUGCCAUGUUUGUCUCCCUGAUUGUAGCCGCUAUGGAUCAUGUGAGGGAUAGGUUAGACUGGUGCUAUAGCUCCAUCUUCCCAUGUCAGCAGGUUUAUUGCUGUGAUCUUGGGUGUCAGGAGACAAUCAAUCUCUGCACUUCAUACUUGGUCAUCUCAUGAUUUACCACUUACACAUAAGAGUACAGUAUUUUUUCUUUGGCAACUGUCCAUCACUUAUUUAUAUUCUUGGCAGUCUGUGUCAUAUUCGUCAGCGUUCUGUUUGUCUCAUUUGCACCUCUUUCAUGCUGUAUACUUCAUUAAUCCCUCUUGGGGGAAAUUCGCCCCCUGCAUUUGACCCAACCUACAUAUUUAUAAGCUGUGGGCGGCCGCAGUGCAGCACCGGUGACCAAAUGCAGGUCUGAAGACAGUGUUGUGGUCAAGGGCAAUGGCAAAACUCAGCAUGGCUCAUUGAUGCAAUUUGUUCACUUUUUUUUAUUUAAAUGUUUUUAUUUUGUCUUUAUGAUUUAUGCAAUUUAAAUAAAAACCCAUUUGUGUCACUGAAAUUAUGCAUUAGUAAAAGUUAAAUUAAUGUGCUUAUACCUGGAUUAGUUUGAAAAAAUAAAUCAACACUCGUUGAAAAAAGAU